AUGGCCCUUCACCGCCAAACUCACCGCCUUUCCACCUGUCACCGCCACCCUACCAAACCCAUCACAGGCUUCUGCGCCCCCUGCCUCAGUGAACGCCUCGCCGGCCUCGACUCCGCCGCCGCUGCCGCUCAACCCCAAUCACCGACCCGGAACCCCCAUUCCGGGUCCGAGCUCCGGCGCAGCAAGUCAUGCUCCGGCCAGAGACCUGAGUCUUCGUCGGCCCCCGACCCGACCCGGCGCAAGUCCUGCGACGUUCGGGCUCGGAACACUCUGUCGGAGCUCUUCAACAUCGACGACGACCGCAAAGGCCUGCCCAGAAAGUUUGAGGUCGAACUGAGAGGAGAAAAGGACAAAGACGAUAGUGGAGACGAAGCUAGGGUUUUGGAUUCGGAUGCGGAGUUCAAGACGAUGAAGGAGCUGAUAGAUCUCGAGUGGGAGAGGAAGAAGGGUGCGGGUCGGGAUUUGAAGGAAAUCGCAGGGACAUUUUGGGGAACGGCGUCGGUUUUGAGCAAGAAGGUGAGGCAAUGGCGGCGGAAGCAGAAGACGAAGAAGGCGGAGAAUGAGGGUUUCGUGUGCCAGAAGCGGAGGGAAACCCAGUCGGAGGUUGGAGAGUACGCAUUGGGGAGAAGAUCGUACGAUACGGAUCCGGAUCCGGGUCGAAUGUCGCUUGACGAGCCUCGGGCUUCGUGGGACGGGUAUUUGGGUUCGAGAGCCCACCACCCGAGGCUGACGCCGAUGGUUUCGGUUGUGGAAGAGAGCUUGGAGAGGAGCCCAGGUGGGUCAGCUCAAACCAAAGACUAUUACUGUUCUCAGCGGCGGCGGAGCUUCGAUCGAUCGGCGGCGGAGGUUGAUGAGUUGAAGUUGGUAACGAAUGCCAGAGUGUCCCCUGCGACUACAGAGUUGUUCUAUGGCGCCAAGUUGCUAAUUACAGAGAAGGAACUGAUGGGUUCGGGUUCGAAGUUGAAAUCUGUUGAAGAUGAGUGUGAGGAGGAGGAGGAGGAGGGUGGUGUUGGGGUUGGCGUUGAAGCUGUUUGUAAAAAUGCUGCUGUGGAAUCAACCAAUGGGGUUGAUCAUCAAAAGCCGAAUAGGCGGCACAAGAAGUGGAGUUUUUGGGGUUUGAUGCAGAGGAGAAGUGAAAAGAAAUGUGUGGAUGAAGACAAUGCAGAUUCUUGGCAAAAGCUGAGGAGGGUUGCCGAUGGAGAAGCCAACAGUGGGUCUGUGAGCCAGAAGCUGAUUCGGAGUUACAGCGUUAGCUGUAGGAACUCAUGCAAAAUGGUUGAUUUGUUCAGCAAUGUGAAUGGCGUUGGUGUCGAGAGCAAAAGCAAUGGUUUGAAGACUCUGCAGAGGAACAAGAGUGCUCGGUAUUCGCCGAGCAAUCUUGAUCAUGGAUUGUUGAGGUUUUACUUGACGCCAUUGAGGAGCUACAGGAAGAGUGAAUCAGGAAAGAGUAGGCCAAGCAGCAACAACUUACAGUCUGUGCCCAAGAAUGUCUUGUAA